AUGGUUGGAUUGUGCUUUGUCUCAGCCAUUUCAGUUAACACUCCCUUGAUCUUGGCUGUUGUUAACUCAAAUUUUGCUGGUUUCACCAAGAUAAGUACCAUUUCUGUCGCAGUGUUUGCCGCGUACUGCGUGGGUAAUAUUGCUGGACCUCAAUUCUUUCUGGCAUCACAGGAGCCUACUUAUGAUACCAGUAUUCGAGCAUCAUUUUGUGGAUUGGCAUUAGGCAUUCUCUUCCUAGCUUUACUAGCUGCGCAUUACAUGUGGCAGAACAAACGACGGGACACUGAACAGGGCCAGGCUACCGAGGGUAAUUAA